GUGUCUGUAUCCUCUGCAGUUAGCGGAUAACUGUCCAGUCUAUCCUCCUCUCCUCGUUCAUCUACAGCUCUGACCGAACACUGCUCUUACUAGCCUAUUAGUGAUUAUUUUUCCUUUUCUUUGUGUAACACAAAGAGGGACGAGUCACUGUUACACUCAGAAGACUGUUGUAGCGCGCGUUUGGAUAAUUUUGUUCUACUUUUACGCAUGACAGCAUCGGUGACAUUCCAGGAGUGACAGCUGGACGGGCAAGAGCUCUACACGUACGACGCUGAAAAAGUCCUGAACUUUACUUAGAAGCUAAUUUGAGCUGUCUGCAGUUCUCAUCUCCUGAAGCCAUGUUUUCCAAAGCAACUGCCAACUUGGUCCGUCAGAUUGACCCUGACGGAAGCCUCAUCCACGUGUCCCGAGUAAAUGACUCAGACAAACUGGUUCCCAUGGCACUGGUCGUCAAACGCAACCGCAUCUGGUUCUGGCAGAGGCCCAAGUACCAACCAACAGAUUUCACCCUCGGAGACUUGUUGCAGGGCGACAAGGUGCUCAAUCCUGGAGUGUCUGAGACAGAAUUCCUCACCUACAAGGGGACAUUUGGAGACAAACUAUCUGGGAAGAUGGACACAAAUGCUGGCUCUGUCAGUGUCACACUAGAGGGACGGGGCUCUUCCAAGCUUGAAUCAUGCUUUGGCAAACUGAAGAAAGAGGAGCUGGAUGUGAAGAAGCUGCUCUACGACUCCAGCAACAGGCUGGUGGACAUGCAGCACGUGCUGGUGCAGCAGCUGGAGAAGCGAGCUGAGGUGCUGGCAGUGGUGAAGGAGAGGAUCCUCACCGCCAACUCCUGCUCCAUCACCCAGAUGAAAAAGGAGCAGUGCAUCUUACAGGGGGUGCUCAAGCUAGUGGGCUUGCUGGGGGGCUCUGUUAAGGUGCUUGUAAAGGAAAGCAAUGACAUUAGGAUGGACAGUGAUGUUUCCUUGGAGAUCCCCUCUGGCACAGUCAUUGCAUACAGCAUCCUGGAACUGGAGAUUAAAAAAAAUGGACACUACGAUAUAUGCCUGCGACCUGGCACUAUAGGAGGUAUUGAAGCAGACUCGGAUGUUAUGUCCUGGCCAUCUCAUGAUUCCUUGAAUACGGUGGACGGAUCCCAGGAGAUGGACCUUUCUCCUCUGGCAGAGCUCCCCAAGUCAACUCGAUGUGCCUUGUUCAAGACACUGCAAGAGACUCUGAGGGACAGAACUGCUCUGUCAUGUCUGCAGGAUGUGUUGGAGGGCUUGUGUAGUGGUGAAACACUCGAUAUGGCUAAGCAAGAGGAGUUGUCGGAGAGUCUGAAGACAUCGGUGUCAGCCACACUGGACCUAGUGGACACAGACAGUCUUGCUGAGAGCAGCCAGUUUGGUGUCCCUGCUCACCUAAAUGCAGCUCACCUGUUGGUCAGUGCCAUAGAAGAGUUGCCUGAUGAAACUCUGAGCCUCUUGAGUGAGAGCUGUCCUGAUUUUCUGGAGGCCUUCGACACACUGAUGUGCAGGUUAAAGGGGACCAGUGAGCCUCUCUCCAUCCAGUGUCUUCCAGUCCUGCUGCAGGAGAACCAAGCCUUUCAGCUGGCAGAGCAGCUGCUCAGCUCCACCAAUGUGACGCUGAGGAGAGACACAGACAGGCUGUGGACGGAGACUGGAAAUGAAGACAGAAUUCUCCCACUGGUCCUCCGUCUCAGCAUACAAGGACUGUCCUUGCUGUGCAAAGGACUAAAGUAGUAGUGUUGUUUGCAUAUACACUUUUUCCUUUUUCAUGGAUCAUAUUCCAUUCCUUUCUUUAUUGUAAAGUUUAUUGGCACUAAGUUUUCUGUAGUUUAUAGCAUAAAAUCUUUAUAUUAUUAUUAUUGAUUAGUUCACAUUGUUUAUUUUUUGUUAGACUAUCAUAUAUAUGUGCUUUAUUGAUAGUUAUAUUGUUUUUCUGACAUAUAUUUUUGUUACUCAACAAGCACUAAAUAUAUUUGAAUGAUAUGAAAAAGACAAUGAAAAGUGAUGAAUUCUCAUACUUUGGUGCAGCUCUGACAUGUUUCAUAGUAGCAUGUUUCACUUUUUUAUAGCUUUUAAACCAUUACCCUUGAUCAUGCACCUUACAUAAUAUAUCCUACAAAUUAAUAUUGUUUUGUAGGAGUCCAGUUUCAUUAUUUUUAUUUACACGCUUACAAGGAAAAUGUGUCCUGUUCAUCAGUGAGUUGAGGAUGUUCAGUGACUGGAUCAACUGAAAAUGGAUAGUGUUUGAUCUAAGAAAACAGAUUUCUGAUUUCUUAGCUCAAGUAAUGUUUACAGAUUUAGUUUUUUUAUAUAACAAAAAAUGGGAUAUUUGAUGCAUGCCAAUGACACACCAAAUGUAAACAUUAUUGUGGUAUGCUAAAAACUGUGUCGCAUGCCUAUUAUUGGUAGGAUUUUUAUUUUAAAUGAGGUUGCAUUUCAUUGCUGCUACUGCUCCUAAUCAAAAACAUUUGCUAUUAGAGUCUUUUAUUUAUCAAGAAAACUGCAGGCUAUAUUUAACAUUCCCUGAAAUAAUUGCAUUCAAUACAAAAAAAGUGCAGUCAGGGAUGGACCGGUAAUCUGGCAUACAGGGCAAAUGCCCGGUGAGACGACGCAUCUUUGGGGCCGAUGUAACGUAAAUUAUGUAUUUAUAUCCUGCAAUGCCUUUAAGUUAUGUGCUUCCUAAAAAAAUAAGCACAAAUGUGGCCUAACUGUUUUUAAAAAAUGGGCCAACGACCAGCCCAUAAAGCAUGGACAACAGCCCAUUGGGUAAUUUUCUAUACUGACACUGGGCCAGGCCAAUCACAUCUCUUACUCUGCUCUCUGUUUCUUGCUUUACCCCCCCAACAAAAAAAAAAAUCUUCAGACGGAUGCAGCCAAAUGCGCAAAAAUAACCGAUAUGUUUACCUGACAUAGAGCAGGUACAGGCACUUGAAGGACUAAAGGAGGGCUGUAGCCACUGUCAGGCAGAGGAGGAGAUGUGUGUUAGCAGGUGACAAAGUGACAGGACUGAGGGAGAAAGCAGCAGGAGAGUGGAGGUAAAGCGGUAAGCAUGGAGUAGGUCAACCUGGAGCAGGGAGGGAGGGUCAUUUACACUGGGGACCUGUAGCCAUGACUUUUUGGAAGCAUUUUUUUAAAAAAUAUUCUUAAAAAUAGCUUGCACCAAGAAAUGUUAAUCAACAAAUAAAAUGCUAUGAAAAAGGUUUAUUUGCACAAUAAGCCCGCAUUGCGAUGUAAAUAUAGAAGGAAACUGUGUUGUCCAAAAAAGUAACUUUAGCUAAAAACAAUAAGCUACUGAUUACUGCAUUCUAUUGUAUUUUUAUAUUCUGAAUUGUCACCUGGCGCCUGGAUUCUUCCCUGGUGCAGAAAAUGUCUCCAGAAUGCAGGAAAUUAAAUGUUUCAUGCUCAAAAUCUUCUGGUAGAAGAUCCCCAGACCUCCCUAUCAAAUAUUUCUUCAAUAAUUUUUUUUUUCUUCUAAAUAGUAGGCCUAUAAAAAUAUAAGCUAUUCUUGUCUUGUUGUCACGGCCCCAAUCGUGUGCAAUGUUAUGUCUCAUGGGCUAAGUGUUUUGUCACACCCCUAAUCUGAGCCCUUAAAUGGAAGGAUGGUGUAUUGGUGAGGGGUGUCCGACCGAUUUUGGUGGGCCGCCUGGGCCAAAAAUGCCAGGGCUGAUUUUUUGUCCCAGUCCAGCCCUGAGUGCAGUAAUGAUGUUAUAAUAUGAGGAUUUUGUGUAUUUCUACAUUACCUAUGAAGUUUUAUGAAGCUGCCUUUGCCAUGGCACUACAUGUUCCUUUUUGUCAGUUAACAUUUGAAUUUAUUGUUUGGAGAAAAAUAUGUUUUACU